AGAAUCGAGAGAUAAAGUUUUCCCUUUCAUCUCAUGUGCACCCGAUAAAAUAUCAUAAUUUGAUUCUCCAUAUAACAACACAGCUGAAAAACGAGUCUUAAACAUCUCUCCUUCAGAGUGUUGAACCCCAAUCAGAUCUCUACCUCUAUUUUCUCUCUCCUUGAGAGCUUUCAACGCUCAGCUACUCGCCAUGGCAAUGGCGAUUAGGGUUUCUCUUCUCUUCUUCCUCUUCCUUUCUUCUUCCUUACUCGUUUUCUCUCUCUACGAAGAUCAAGCAGGUCUCGCUGACUGGCAUCAGCAAUACUUAGGGAAAGUAAAGCAAGCAGUUUUCCAUACUCCGAAAGCGGGGAGGAAGAGGCUUGUAGUGUCCACUGAAGAGAGUGUUAUCGCAUCUCUUGAUCUUCGCCGCGGCGAGAUUUUUUGGAGGCAUGUUCUUGGGGAGAAUGAUCGAAUUGAUCACAUUGAUAUCGCCCUUGGGAAAUAUGUGAUUACACUCUCAUCAAAGGGAAGUAUCAUUAGAGCAUGGAAUCUUCCCGAUGGGCAGAUGGUGUGGGAGUCAUUCCUUGUUGGCAAGAAAUUAUCAGAAUCUUCAUUGUUGACAGUGACUGAUUUGAAGGUGGAGCGUGAUAAUUUAAUCCUUGUUUAUAGUAAUGAUUGCCUUCAUGCAAUUUCAAGUGUAGAUGGUGCAGUCCUCUGGAAUAUUGAACUUAAAAGUGUGGAGCUUCAACAAUUAAUCAAGCCUGUUAGUGGUGAUGUCAUGUAUGCUGUAGGAAUUUCAGGCUCCUCUAAGUUACAUGCCUAUAGAUUCAAUAUCAAGACCGGUGAGUUACUAAAUCAAGAUGUUGUAGACUUUCCUGGUGGACUCUCUGGUGAAAUAUCUCUCGUCUCUAGUGAAAUCUUAGUAGCUCUGGAUGCAAGUCGCACAGAACUGGUACUAAUAAGCUUAAAAGAUGGGAAAAUCAGUUUCCAGAAGACAAAUAUUCAUGAUCUUGUUCCUCAAUUUUCUGGGGAAGCGGCUUUGUUACCCGUUAACCUGGAAGGGAUAUUUGCUGUAAAGAGCAAUUCUUAUAUAGUAUUUUUGAGAGUAAAUGACCAAAGCAAGCUUGAGGUUGUGGACAAAAUUGAGGAUUCUUCUGCUGUUAGUGGUGCUCUUUCAUUCAAAGAAGAUCAGCUAGCUUUUGGAAUUGUUCAACAAGGGGGUAGUCAAAUUCAUCUCACAGUGAAGCUUGGUAGUGAUUAUAGUACCGAUAUUUUGAAAGAAAGCAUCCAGAUUGAUCCUAAUCGAGGGACUGUUCAGAAGGUUUUCAUUAAUAAUUAUAUCCGUGCCGACAGAUCUUAUGGGUUUAGAGCAUUAGUUGUGAUGGAAGAUCACUCUGUAUCAUUAUUGCAACAAGGUAAUAUUGUUUGGAGUAGGGAAGAUGGGCUUGCUUCAAUUGUAGAUGUCACGACUUCGGAACUCCCCCUAGAAAAGAAAGGUGUGUCAGUUGCCAAAGUCGAGCAGGGUCUUCUUGAGUGGCUGAAGGGACACAUGUUGAAGCUUAAAGGUACUCUGAUGCUUGCAAGCGCUGAAGAUAUGGUUUCCAUCCAGGCAUUGAGGUUACAAAGUUCCGAGAAAAGCAAAUUGACCCGAGAUCAUAAUGGUUUCAGGAAGUUGCUAAUAGUGCUGACUAAAUCUGGGAAAGUUUAUGCAUUGCACACUGGAGAUGGAAGAGUUGUUUGGUCUACUUUUCUGCCUAACUUGCGCAAGUCUGAUACAUGUGAAAAUCCUGUAGCUCUUAAUCUGUACCAGUGGCAGGUUCCUCAUCAUCAUGCUAUGGAUGAGAAUCCAGCUGUUCUUGUUGUUGGCCGCUGUGGGAAUGGAAUUGAUGCACCUGGCAUUCUUUCAAUUGUUGAUACCUACUCAGGGAAGGAGCUUAGCUCUCUGAGCUUGACUCAUUCUGUUGUUGAUGUCAUUCCAUUGCCAUUUGCUGAUUCAACAGAAAAGCGUCUUCAUUUAAUAGUAGAUGUAGAUAGAAAUCUGCAUUUAUACCCUAAGACUCCUGAAGCUGCUGUCAUAUUUGAGCGUGAGUAUAUUAAUGUGUACUGGUACUCUGUUGAUGCUGAAAAUAACAUGUUGAGAGGACAUGGAUUAAAGAGCAAAUGUAUGAGCGAGAUAGCUGAUGAAUUUUGCUUCAGCUCAAGGGAUUUGUGGUCGAUUGUAUUCCCUUCGGACUCGGAAAAGAUAAUUGCUACCGUUGCUAGGAAAGCAAGUGAGGUGGUACACACUCAAGCUAAAGUAAUGGCAGAUCGAAAUGUGCUAUUCAAAUAUAUUUCCAAAAAUUUGUUAUUUGUUGCUACUGUUGCACCCAAAGGUGCUGGUGAAAUUGGAUCAGUGACCCCAGAUGAGUCAUGGUUGGUUGUGUACCUUAUAGAUACCGUGACUGGGCGGAUAUUACACCGCGUGACGCAUCAUGGCUCACAGGGUCCUGUUCGUGCAGUUUUCAGUGAGAACUGGGUUGUCUACCACUAUUUUAAUCUCAGGGCUAACCGAUAUGAAAUUUCAGUGAUUGAAAUCUAUGAUCAAUCCCGAGCGGACAUCAAGAAUGUUUGGAAGCUCAUUCUUGGGAAGCAUAAUCUUACCUCACCAGUUUCAUCAUACUCUCGACCAGAAAUUAUGACAAAAUCGCAAACUUACUUUUUCACCCAUUCUGUGAAGACAGUAUCCGUAACAUUGACUGCUAAAGGAAUAACAGCAAAACAACUUCUAAUAGGAACUGUUGGCGAUCAGGUUUUGGCUCUUGACAAGCGCUUUCUUGACCCUCGUCGGUCUGCAAAACCAACCCCAACUGAAUUGGAAGAUGGAAUUAUACCUCUUACAGAUGCGUUGCCAAUCAAUCCACAGUCUUAUGUGACACAUGCACUCAAAGUGGAAGGUCUUAGAGGCAUAAUUUCUGUACCUGCCAAGCUAGAGUCCACUACCCUCGUCUUUGCGUAUGGAGCUGAUUUGUAUUUAACCCGACUUGCUCCCUCAAAAACUUACGACUCCCUGACAGACGAGUUCAGCUAUGCAUUACUUCUCUUAACCAUAGUUGUGCUUGUGGCAGCAAUCUUUGUCACCUGGAUCAUGUCUGAGCGCAAAGACUUGAGAGAUAAGUGGAGGUGAUUUCCCCAUGUCACACUUUACAUUUUGCAUUCUUUAAACAGCGUUUUCUCCUGUAACUUUUAACAAAUUUUGUAGCAUUAUAUUCUCGAGGUAGCCCAUUGUCGUUGUAAAUCUAGAAGCACUGGAGGGUAUUUUCACAUUAUAAGAUUUUACUCACACAGUUGAACCAAAUUGUAGUUAGAAUCACUAUCUUGUUUUUGACAUCAAAAUUCAUUAGUUGACACUAGCUAGAGUUUAUCCUAUGUUUACAAUUUGCAAUGUGGAAUGCUCUAUUUUCGGUUGCCAUUAUCUUGUUUGAGCAAUUUGCUCAAUAA